GCGUGGCUGAAAUCUAUGACCUUUGCACUCUAGCGGACGUCGUGCGGAUCCGAAUGCGGUCUGUCGCUGAGGAUCUUCGGCUUUGCUCGCGGCUUUGCUUUUGUCUUUAGGUUUUCCCUGGGCAGGUCACAGGAGCGCUGGAGCGCCCCUGGAAGGAGGCCAGAGCUCUAUCGUGGCUGGCAGUCUAACCAUGGACGACUUGUGUGAGUGCGUGUGCGAGUAUAUCUGGGCCAUGCGCCGAGUCCUAGCAGCAAUGCACACCCAGACGCAGUGCACUGAUAUAGAAUGCUUCACUGAACACCCAGGCUAUGAGCCAGGGAGUGGAGAAGAUGACAGUGGGUCGGGAGGACUGACACACGCUAUGCUGGUUGUCCUUCUCUGGGUUAUCAUUGCCGUGGUCCUCUUCUUAUUCAGACCCAGAAGUCUUCGCGGCUCACCCAAUGGCAAACCGCCACUCAGGGACAAUGGAGAAAUGCCUGGUAUUCUCAAAACACACGAGGUGGAAGAUGAGGAGCGAUGCGAGGGAGAGAGAGAGAGCGGAGAGGGAGUGACUGAACAGAAGAACGAGACAGCAGGACGCAUCUCUAACAGGGGAGGGAAGGGAGAGGAGGAGAGGGGAGAGGAGAGAGAGGGCUCCUCUACCACGUGCAGCACUCCGGACGCUGCCGAUCUAGACAAUUCCUCCAGCACCAUGGCCAGUACGGAGGGAGAUAGCGACUCCAAGAACGGCGACAGUCCCCCCAGUAGUCUGGGCAACCCGUUGCCCGAUGGGUCGGACCGAACUCAACGGGACGGUGGCAAUCAGUCGGGAGGGACCAAGGGGAGUGCGUCAGGGGGUGGUUUGGGGAAGACGUCGCUGCCACUGAGCUGUGAGAUAUCCACUGUCGUCCUCCGUCUCGCUCUGCCUGGUGUCUCCUCACCUGUGGAGGUUGUGAUGUCGACGAGGGACACGGUCCACGACCUCUCCCAGCUGCUACUGGAGAGACCGGAGAGCUGCUAUCGAACGUGCACCUCUGCCUGGCACCGCAAGAGGAGACUUGACGACUUCUCUGAGCUGGGGAUGGUGGAGGAGCUUCAGGGUGGCGACCUGGUGGAGCUUAUGGAAGAGCCGUACACCCAGAAGGACAUCCGCAUCCAUCUCCAGCGACUCCGAGAGCUCCUCACCGUCUCCCCGUUCCAGCAGUCUCUCACCAACGCCGACGGAAUGACUCUCUCCCUCCUCUCUGCCAUCACUCUCAGGGACCCCUGAAGGUCAACUACUCCACUACUUUCCCUUUCACUUUCAUUGAUCACGUUUUCUAGAAGAAAAUGCUGUCGAAUCGUCCCGCAUGUGUGGCACAGUAAAACCUAAGCAUUCACAAAAAAACUUUCCUGAUUUGUAAAUUUUGCGUAUUCUAGGUGAACUACUGUGUAGCAAAAAAAUUAAUUGUGUAAAAAAAUAUUUUGUGAAUGCAGUCACACAGUGUAUGGUGUGCAAAAUGGUCAGAAAAUAAUUACUUUCGUACAUUUGCAAAUUGUUGGAUAGCAUGAUCUCUACCAACUUCAUUUGUCUUCUAUUGAUGAUGUCGUUGUGAUGUCGUUCAUUGUUGCAGAGAUAGGUACACGUCCCCGAGACGACUUUGUGGACCUGUCCCAAUUGGAGCCCCCCUCGUACUGUCUCCCUAGAGAUGGGACCACGCCCCUUUCUGCCUUCUAUCCUUCCAGCCUUGAGGCACACUUCAAGGUUCAAGAGUGUAUCAAGUUGAUAUCUUACAGCCAGUGGAACCCUCCUCCCAGCCACCGCAGGAUGAAAGGUGACCUACUCUAUCUGGACGUGGUGACACUGGAAGGGGCAGAGCAUUACAUCACGGCCUGUCCCUCCGGAUUCUUCCUCAACCGCUCCACCGCCCGAGACACCUUUGACCCCGCCCCCAAGAAAACCUCCCACCAUCACAAACAUCUAGUGGGACUCCUCUCUGCCAUCAGCCCACUCUUCAAGAAGAACUUUGCACUCCUGCAAAAGUUCGGGGAGAAGAGGCAUCCGUACGAGCUCCUCCCCACCUCCUAUCCUCUCUACCCCUGGCUGGCGCCCAGACCUGAACACAAACCUUCUCCGUUCAGACUCAGCGACGGCAUGCAGCUGAAAGCGGCCCCGGACGAGGUGAUAAUGGGUCAAAUGAGAGAUUGGAACGAGGAACUGCAGUCAGCCCGGGAGCUGCCCACCGACACGCCACAACUCAAACUGUUCAGAGACAGAACCAUCUAUAAAAUCCACUGUGACCUGGUCCAGGUGGCCACCAGAGGAGCAAUGCUGUCAGUGGACGGUUUCAUCCCCGCCCUCAACCCCGGAGACCAGGAGAAGUUCCGCAUGUUCCUAUGGAACAACCUGUUCUUCAGUCUGGCGUUUGAUGGUAGAGAUCACUACAAAGCAUAUGGAGGAGACGAGGCUGCCCACGCCGCUGCUUCAGGAGACCUCCAUGGGGUGGAGAUGUUUGAACGACUCGAGACCAAAGACCUCUACACUCUGCAGACAGUAAUAGUCGACUACCGAGGAUAUAGAGUCGUCUGCCAGUCCAUAGUCCCAGGUCUGUUGUGGAGAGAGCAGGAAGCUGCCGUGAUGUACGGCUCCAUUGACGGAGGCAAGACCAUUGCAGCUGACCCGACUUUCUCAGAACUGCUAUCUAAUGCAGCUUCAGAUCUUCACAUAAGACCACACAAGUUGAAGACUGAGGCUGGGGGAGUCGUCGAGCUACCGUCUUCACUGGAGGUCAAGGGGAUUCUGGGGACCGACAGCAGACGAUAUGCUCUGGACCUUUUCAGAAUUUUCCCUCCCGACCCCAACUACACUCCUCUGGAGGAGGAGGAAGAAGAGGAGGAGGAGGGAGAGGGAGGAGAGGGGAGAGAGGGGGAGGGAAAGAAGGGAUUUAGACACAAGUUGGCUGUCUUUAGACCAGAGCUAUUGGAAACCUUUCUACAAUAUCGCUACCUGCUGUUCCUGAAGCUGGCCAAGGAGAAGGCAUGCAAGCUGCAGGUCAUCAAGGAUCUUCACCAGGUACUGCAGCACCAGGAGAAGGACAGUAGAGGCGAUGAGAAGACAGCUCCCAAGUCAGACUCUCAAACAUCCGCUGCAGAACCCACGUCAACUUCAGCAGCUCCCUCCUCAUCUUCCUCCGCUGUGCCCACCUCCUGUUCCUCUCCCUCGUCCCCGGACGUCGUGGCGACUGGUACGGAAUCGGGACAGACCACAACUGGAUUGGAAUCGGGACAGACAACCGAGGCAGGCGGUAGUGAAGCUGCUACUGCGACCGUGGCGACCGGUGGGAAGUGCCCCUUUACUAACGAGGUGGCCAGUCCCGAUUCCAGGUCGUCUGGAACUGAUUCCAGUCUGUCCAGUUUGGGUUCCAGUCCAGGAACAUGGCGGCUGGCUGACACUUCUCUCUCCAGACUAAGCAAAGGAGGUGGUGUGGGUGUUGGGAGAGCUAACAUGAGCAUACUGACAGCCCUGGGGGGAGGAGGGGAGGAAGGGGAGGGUGUGACGAGGGAUGUGGGGACAAAGACGGAGGGAGAGGGAGAGGGGAAGAAGGAGGAAGUCUCAGCCGUGUCGCUCAACAGCUCCGCAAGUGGUGAGGUGUUACUGGUGGAUGGACUGCAACUGUUGGUGGAGGAAAAGGAGGUGGGGCCAGAGGUGCUGCCCGGAGCCGAACUUCUCCCGACCUCUGACCCCAGUGACCCCAGUGACCCCAAUCUCGAGAAGGGAUUGAGCACCUCUGAGAUACUGAAAUCUCACCCAGAGGUGAUGUCGGCUCUAAGAGAUGCGGCUCUGGAGGCGGGGUCAGUGGAGGGGGAGGAGUUUGACAUCAGGUUCAACGUCGACGCCCUCUCUCCUGGAGUCACCCACGCCGACCCUCCCGAGGUGUUGGAGAGAGAUCGCAAGCUGCUGAGAGAGACGGCGGCAUUCCUCACGGAUGUGGUGAUCCCUCGCAUGGUGCGGGAGUGUGUCCAGCUCACCUUGGUCCCCACUGACGGAGAGUCGCUCAAGACGGCCAUGCACGCCCGCGGCAUCAACAUGCGCUACCUCGGUCGCAUCGCCACACUCGCUUCUUCCCGCGAGGACCUGGAACACUUGAAGAGGCUGGGUGUGAGUGAGAUGGUAGUCAGAGUGGCCAAAAGAAGGCUCAGGAGACUUCUGCAGGAAGCACCGUAUGAGAAGGUGUCAGAGGCCAUUGCCCACUUCCUGAACUGCUUCCUGGGCCACACGACGGAGACAAGAGGAGGAGGAGGAGGAGGAGGAGGGAGGGGUCAGGUGGAAGAGACGGCGGCAGUCACGGUCAAUGGCCACUCAUCCAGCUCCGGCAAAAAGAAACAGAAGAAGAAGAGGAAUUCAAAAGGACAAGCUUCUUUGGAGUCGGCUCACCUGAGGCUGAGUCCAGCCAACCUCUGGUCUCAUAUCGUGGAGGAGGUGGAGGACUACUACAAGUAUACCAUUCAACAGUCCAGUGCAGUUGAGCUGUGUUCAUCAUUGGAGUCCAGAGAGUUGUGUGGUUGGGAGAGCUCUGCAGGAAGACUGGUGUACAGAUGGUGGCCCUGGACUACGACUUCACUUCGAGAGCGCCGUUCACAGAGGACGAUAUUGCCAGCCUCUACCCCAUUGUCAAACAGACCAACUUCAGAUCAACCGAGUGCGCCAUCAUGUAUGAACUGGCCCAGACUAAGUUCUCUGCAGGGAGUUUCAGAACAGCUCACGAUCUGUACAUGGAGGCGCUGCAGAUGUUUAUUCAGAUCUACGGACCUCUCCAUAUCACUGUUGCCAACUGCUACAGACAAGUGGCCAAGAUCAACUACAUGGUAGGUGAGGUGGGAGUUGCCCUGAGCUUCCAGCACAAGGCGGUUCUGGUGUACGAGAGGGUUCUGGGAGUGGAUCACCCCGAGACCCUUACCUCCUACAUCAACCUGGCCAUCUACUGCCACAACACGGACCAGACCUCUGUGGCUCUCAGACUCAUGUACAGGGCUCGCUACCUACUCAUUGUGAUGUGUGGGGAGGACCACCCGGAGGUGGCUACGUGUGACUGCAACAUUGCCCUCAUGUUACACGUGUUCAAACAAUACGAGAGCUCCCUAAAGUUCCUGGAGAACUCUCUCCGAGUCUUUGAGAAGUAUCAUGGGAAGCAGUCUCUGCAGGCAGCCCUGACUCACCAUCUUAUGGCUCGGGUCCAGUCAUUUCUGGGAGACUUCAGAGCUGCGUUGCAGAAUGAGAAAUCCACCUACAGCAUCUACAACAGCAAGUUCGGCAGUGAUAAUGAGAGGACUAAAGAGAGCUCAGAUUGUCUCAAAGAACUGACCCAGAAGGCUGUCACCAUGCAGAAGACGAUCAAUGAGAUGACAGGGAAGUGUAAAGGGUCAGGUGGAGGGAAAGUACUGGUGGAGUUGCCAGGGUCAUGGGGAGACGUGGCCAGUAUGAUUAAUGCUCCCGAACCCAGCGCCCGACAUCCACCGCGACAGAAACCAACCAUCACCAAAACUCAGCUCAUUCGAAGACGCAACAAAUCAUCCAAGCAGCAGCAGCAGCAGCAAGCAUCACAGACCACCAAACCAACUGACAAGCAGCCAGUCACAACUUCCUCUCUGUCGUCCUCACAACAAGACUGAGAGAGAUCACUGGUGUGACACAGUCAGGGAAACUGGAGGAGGGUGGGAGGGGGGAAUUUUCAGUUCAGCACUCAUAGAGACACAAACUUUAUUUAUUAGGGUCAUUGCUGAGCGUUUCAUCUAACAUGCUAUAAUGAAAGUUUAUUUGCAAUAGAAAAUAAUCGUAAUUAUCUGGCAAUAAUGAUGGAGACAGUUUUUGAAACGUGAAUUAUUACAUUAGGAAGCUAAUCUUUGUAGUAUUCUGGUGAUAAUGAUUGAAGUGAUAUGUUGUGUUUUAGCUGGUGGCCCACCCAGUAGGUAUGAAGAGUGCUGGUCAUUAGCCCGUCCUUUUCCUCCGCUUCUCCCCGCUGCCUGAUGAUGAGCGUAGCGAAGGUUGACGAAGGAGACGGUACGAACCGCGCCGCCAGCUCGCAGAUGCACUGCUCGUGCAGACCCAGAUAGUCGUUUCGUAGGCUGGCCGGUAGAAACGAGAAAUCUAGCAGGUUCUUGGAGAAAUCUUUGCCGCCGUG